AUGAGCGAGGACCUGGAGAGACCGGCAAAGAGACAGCGCUUUUUCACCGACCCAGCAUCGCCUUUACCAACCGAUUCUAGAGAUUCUAACGCGCCUUUUCAUCAUUGUCCGGCGCCUAAGGAACACGACCUGACGGACCAUGGGAACGUGCUAGAGAUCCGAUCAGUUGAUCAUGUCCCAAAAAGCUCUCCUGGCUUAGAUGCUGAGGGUGAGGAACCACAAUCACGAGACCAAACGACAGAGAGCCUCACCUUUCAUUCCUCAGACCCUGCUCAGCCCACGCCCUUGCCCCAAGACGCAGCCAACGAACGUGAACCCGAAACGGAAAGCUCUGCCAACAACGUGUUAGGUACGACUAUCGAGGGAUUUGACGUGGAACUAUUCACCAGCAUUGUGGGAGAGCAACUGCCCGUUGACUCAAUCAAGAUCAUCACAGCCGCCGCCUCGAACAACCUUGAACGAGCCGUGAAUAUAUACUUCGAUGGCUCGUGGAAGAACCCUGCCCGGACAAACGGCGGUACUCUUGGCCGAUCCCGUAAAGCUCUUUUCCAGGUACAACCUAAGCCCGAAAGCCCAGUACAAAGUCAAUCAGUUCUGCGAAACCACCCGGCCACACGAUAUGUCGGUGCGUUCGGUGUCGGAGGAUGGGCCACUAGGAGUGGUCUUGUGCAUCUCAGGCACGGAGAUCCCAUCAACAUCGAGCGCGCACGUUCACAGCCAACAGUGAAACGUGGCCGAGGAGGCAAAGCAUUUGUCAAUCACAAAGGCGACGUUCUGACUCGAUUUACGAAUACCUCAGGCCAGGAGAUUGGAAGGCUACCACAUGAGACGGCCGAAUGGGUCUCUACGUUGAUAGAUCAGAAGAUCUGCCAAUUUGAAGGAGUCUGCGUCUACGUGCCCGAUAGAGUACGUGUAAAUGACACAAUAUACUUACAACUUCGAGUCUUCUUUCGAAAGGAGGCAUUUUUACAUGGUGCAUUUGCUGCUCUGAGCACAAAUGACAACAGAUCCACUGGGUUGUUCGAGGAAAAGGAGAGCACAGAGGAGAAAAAUCUACGACUACGCCAAGUCGCUCUUGUAAAAUUGUUUCACGAGAUCAAUCUCCAUCCCACCUCUACCAACCCGACCACAGAGAAGCACAAAAGAGAUGGCAUUUUGCGCGCCGCUGAAAUCGCAGAGCAAUACGACGGCGUGAAAAAAGAAAAAGACAAGUCCAAGUCGAACAAAGACCCAAAUGACUCCUCCGAUGAGAACGACACUGAAGAGUUGGAAGAAGACCAGCUCGAUACUUUAUACCAAAAGGCUCAGUCAUUCGAUUUCAACAUGCCCGGAGCCAAUCCCGCCCCUAGCUUCAAGCUUGACCUUCGUAAAUACCAACAACAAGCUCUCCACUGGAUGAUGUCCAAGGAGAAAGACACGAAGCAGGUCAGAGAAAAGUCGAUGCAUCCCUUGUGGGAGGAAUACACCUGGCCCACGAAGGAUGUCGACGACAAAGAUGUGCCUAAAGUUGAAGACGUCGACCACUUCUACGUCAAUCCAUAUUCCGGAGAUCUGAGUGUCGAUUUCCCUGCCCAAGAGCAACGCUGCCAAGGCGGCAUCCUAGCCGACGAGAUGGGACUUGGAAAGACUAUCGAGAUGCUCAGUUUGGUUCAUACCCACGCUGUCGAGCCCGACCCACAACUCUCAAAUGGUCUUACUUCGGUGAAUGAUCUUACUAGGAUGCCUAACUCUGCUGGAGUAGUCCCUGCACCAUAUACCACUUUGGUUGUUGCGCCCACGUCUUUGAUCUCUCAGUGGGAAAGCGAGGCUCUCAAAGCGGGUACAUUGAGAGUUCUAGUGUAUUACGGGUCAGAUAAGGCUGUCAAUCUGAGAGAACAAUGCUGUGAAGCGAAAUCUGCAACAGCUCCUCAGGUGAUUGUCACCAGUUAUGGCGUGGUGUUGUCAGAAUUCCGCCAGCUCGCACUUCAGUCUGCUCUAGGUCCUAGCACAAACGGAGGCUUGUUCUCCGUGGAGUUUUUCCGAAUCAUCCUCGAUGAGGCUCAUGUAAUUAAGAACCGCCGUUCGAAGUCAGCCAAAGCCUGUUGUGAGCUGAAGGCAGCCCACCGAUGGGCACUUACUGGCACGCCUAUUGUCAACCGCCUGGAAGACUUGUUCAGCUUAGUCCGAUUCCUUCGGGUUGAGCCAUGGAGCAAUUUCUCCUUCUGGAAGACCUUCAUUACUGUGCCAUUUGAGUCCAAAGAAUACGUGCGAGCCCUGAAUGUCGUACAAAGUGUACUAGAGCCUUUGGUGCUCCGACGAACCAAAUCAAUGAAAACCCCCGAAGGCGAGCCGUUGGUGCCAUUGCCCAAGAAAACGGUCACUAUUGAAGAGGUGGAAUUACCAAAACAAGAACGAGAGAUUUAUGACUGCAUAUUCACACGAGCAAAACGAACUUACAAUGACAGUGCUGCGGCUGGCACGCUGCUGCAGUCCUAUAGCACGAUUUUCGCGCAGAUUCUCCGUCUUCGUCAGACUUGCUGUCAUCCUGUGAUGACACGCAACAAGGCCAUCGUUGCGGAUGAAGAGAAUGCGGCGGCAUCAGCUGACGCAGCCAACGAAUUCAAAGACGAUAUGGAUCUUCAGGAAUUGAUCAACCAAUUCACGACAGAGAACGAGGACGCUAAUUCUCAAGAUGGCUCGGGGACUAUGGUCAAAUUCACCGCCCAUGCUCUUCGCCAAAUCCAAACAGAAUCCAGCGGGGAGUGCCCUAUCUGCUGCGAAGAACCCAUGGUCGAUCCUGCAGUCACAGCAUGCUGGCAUAGCGCAUGCAAGAAGUGCCUUGAAGACUUUUUGCAACACCAAAUGGACAAGGGUACUGAAGCACGAUGCUUCAACUGCCGUGCUCCAGUACACGCGAAGAACACUUUUGAAAUAGUUCGACAUCCCUCUUCACGCACAAUACCCCUCGACGAAGAAAUUGUGAGCAGCACUGCACCAACAAGCUCACAACCCGCCCCAAAGAUUUCUCUCCGUCGCAUCCACCCACUCUCCCCUUCUGCACAUACCUCCGCCAAGAUCCAAGCUCUAAUCAACCACCUGGGUCGCAUCCCCCCAAACACCAAAUCCGUCGUCUUCUCCCAAUUCACCUCCUUCCUAGAUCUAAUCGGUCCCCAGCUCUCCCGAGUCGGAAUCGCCCACCUCCGUCUCGACGGCUCAAUGCCGCAAAAGGCGCGCGCCGCCGUUUUGGCAGAAUUCACCAAAACAGAAAGCUACGCCGAUGACAUCACCGACGAGGAACUCGAGACACCAGGAAAAGGACCCGUUACCAGAAGUGAUCCCGCUCCGUCAACUCCUCCCGCAACAGUCCUGCUUAUCUCCCUCCGCGCUGGCGGCGUGGGCCUCAACCUCACAGCUGCGAGUAAUGUCUUUGUCAUGGAUCCAUGGUGGAGUUUCGCUAUCGAGGCGCAGGCCAUUGACCGCGUCCAUCGAAUGGGGCAGACCCGUGAUGUCAACGUCACGCGAUUCGUGGUCAAGGACUCUAUCGAGGGUCGCAUGUUGCGUGUGCAGGAGCGCAAGAUGAACAUUGCUGGUUCGCUGGGGUUGAAGAUUGGUGGUGAUGACGAUGAUGACGGUGAAAAGGGUAAGGAGAGACUUGCAGAGUUAAAGAUGUUGUUCGAGUAA